GAUUCGGCUCAGCCCGCCCCCAGCGUAGAGGCACCACCUUUCCUCGCUGCAGUCAUCCAAUAGCCAACAUACACGGCUAGGUGAUUUGCCAGCGGGAGUUAGGUGUCCUCUUGGCGCCUGACCAGAGUCGGGAAAUUCAGCUCCUCUUGAGUAGUCCCUUCCCCGAGUUGCCCCCCGAGGUAUGCGGGGUCACUCGCUGCUCGAUGUUCCCUCCGAAGGGUCGGACAAGGCUCCGGAGCCCUGUAGCUGCCCUCCCUAGGAGCCCCGGGUCUUCACUGGCCGAGGUGCCCACCCCGCAGCAUUCUGGGAGUGGUAGUUUUCUUCCUUCAGGUUCACUCCUGGCUGGCCAGUGCCCAAGACUAGCGAGACUACGAUUCCCAGACGCCCAAGCGAGUCGCCGGUCACGUGGCCGCAAGGACGCUGGGCCGGUGGGCGGGGGCCGGCAGGUGCUCCGCAACCGUCUGUGCCACCCAGAGCCGGCGGGCCGCUAGGUCCCCGGAGACCCUGCUAUGGUACGCGCGGGCGCCGUGGGGGCUCAUCUCCCCGCGUCCAGCUUGGAUAUCUUCGGGGACCUGAAGAAGAUGAACAAGCGCCAGCUCUAUUACCAGGUUUUAAACUUCGCCAUGAUCGUGUCUUCUGCACUCAUGAUAUGGAAAGGCUUGAUCGUGCUCACGGGCAGUGAGAGCCCCAUCGUGGUGGUGCUGAGUGGCAGUAUGGAACCGGCCUUUCACAGAGGAGACCUCCUGUUCCUCACAAAUUUCCGGGAAGACCCAAUCAGAGCUGGUGAAAUAGUUGUUUUUAAAGUUGAAGGACGAGACAUUCCAAUAGUUCACAGAGUAAUCAAAGUUCAUGAAAAAGAUAAUGGAGACAUCAAAUUUCUGACUAAAGGAGAUAAUAAUGAAGUUGAUGAUAGAGGCUUAUACAAAGAAGGCCAGAACUGGCUGGAAAAGAAGGACGUGGUGGGAAGAGCAAGAGGGUUUUUACCAUAUGUUGGCAUGGUCACCAUAAUAAUGAAUGACUAUCCAAAAUUCAAGUAUGCUCUUUUGGCUGUAAUGGGUGCAUAUGUGUUACUAAAACGUGAAUCCUAAAAUGAGAAGCAGUUCCUGGGACCAGAUUGAAAUGAAUUCUGUUGAAAAAGAGAAAAACUAAUAUAUUUGAGAUGUUCCAUUUUCUGUAUAAAAGGGAACAGUGUGGAGAUGUUUUUGUCUUGUCCAAAUAAAAGAUUCACCAGUAAA